ACAGUUUUAGGCGAGCCAAUGACGUCACCACCUUUCGGAAUCUAAUGGCCGGACAACAACAAUCGGCAGUGGGAAGCAAAGUUUCCCAAGCUUCCCAGGAGACUUACGAAAGUUGCCACAAAUAAUAAGUUUCAAAGUUCUGUUUUUUUUUUUCUUCCAACUUUUAAUCACAAAUGUGGAGUCACUAAUGGAUCCGAGAUAUGACAUCUCGCGAAGGGUCGGCGGCGGGAGCUCCUCGAACUCGUCACCCGCUCUCGGGGCUCAGUCGCGCCGCAGGAAGAUGCCGCCCAGGCCCGCUGACUUGAAGCUUCAAAUCAUCAUUAUUGGCUCCCGCGGCGUGGGGAAAACCAGUCUCAUGGAGCGAUACACCGACGACACAUUCUGCGAGGCCUGCAAGUCCACCGUAGGAGUGGAUUUCAAAAUCAAGACGGUGGAGCUGAGGGGAAAGAAGAUCCGGUUGCAGAUCUGGGACACAGCGGGCCAGGAGCGCUUCAACAGCAUCACGUCGGCAUACUACCGCGGCGCCAAGGGCAUCGUGCUGGUCUACGACAUCACCAAGCAGGAGACCUUCGACGACCUUCCCAAGUGGAUGAAGAUGAUUGACAAGUAUGCCUCCGAGGAGGCGGAGCUUCUCCUGGUGGGCAACAAGAUGGACUGCGAGAGCGAUCGGAUCAUCUCCAGACAACAAGGAGAAAGGUUUUCCUCCCGAAUAAGCGGCAUGCGUUUCUGCGAGACGAGUGCCAAAGACAACUGUAAUGUGGACGAGAUCUUCCUCAAGCUCGUGGACGACAUUCUCAGCAAGAUGCCGCUUGAGGUUCCCAACAAGGAGCUCUCCGGCAGUUUGCUGUCCCUCCAGCCCGAACCCGAAGUGCCUCCGGAGUUACCCCCACCUCGCGUGCGCUGCUGCUGAGACCCCACCCACACAACCUAACCCAACCCCCUUCAACACCUUCACAUACGCCAAACAACCGACAGACAUUUUGCUCACACGUGCAGUGUGCCAAACUGACCGCGAGGGGGCAGCAGCGAUUUGGAAGUCGCAAUUUUAGUAACACUUAGUCCACCCUCAUCCAGACUACCUCAGUUGACGAGCUGUGCACCCACACACACGUGCCUUUGAGGUAGCAAGCACCCCGCCCCCUCCCCUUUAUUUACAGCUCCUUCUCUUCCUUGUUCAUUUUACCCGAUACUGUCAUUUGUUAACUCGACAAAAGCACACUAUAUAUAUAUAUAUAUAUAUAUAUAUAUAUAUGGGGUUUUUUUUUUUUAUGCGCCAACGAUGAUAAAUUAGUAGGUAGGUGGUUAAUCACGGUAUUAUGUGGCCAGAAUGCUCUGGAAUGUGUUUGGGAUUGAAACUGAGAUGCAGGAAUUUGACGAUAAUGAGAGUAAUCAGCAUUUUUUGCAUAGAGACAAACGGUUUUACAGUGAGGGAACAAGUCCACCUUGUGUUUGUCGACUCAAUAUACGAGCGUCCCGUCACUUGCACGUAAAAAAAAAAAAAAGAAAAAGUCUAUGCACAUGAAUUCUGCAACGUAACAUUUUCUUCGAGCAUUUUAGAAAACACUAUUCCCUUUGACGUGGGUUCAUACUAAAAUGAGUUAAGUGGGGUACAUGCAUACCGAAAAGCGGGCCAAACUCGAGCAUCCUCCCUUGCGAUCAAGGUCAGCAAAGGCCCGAUUCUCGGAUGUCUCGAAAAGAUUAUACUGACUUAAUAACCUGUGGUGUGUGUUCAGAUGGAUUUUCUACCUCCCCAAUUGGAAAACGGUUGAGCCCUCAAAUCGUAACUGUUAAAACCUGUUCAGUAGUUACAAUCACAAAUCCUUGUGUUUGUGUGUGUGUGCGGUCAAUACCGAGCUGGGCCGGGUGACUGUGACGUGGAACUGGACGAUUGCCAAUGAAGCGCCGUACACGCAUACUGAAAAUCGGGCCAAAUGUGAGCAAUCAAAGUCAGCACAGUCCCGAUUGUCGGAUGUCUCUCUAAGGUUAUCCUGAGUGCUUUUCCCCUUUCAGAUGUUACAAAUCGGUAUCCGUACACCACCUUACAGGAUCCAUUUGCGAUGUCUAUCGGUUACCUUUUAGAAGGCUUACAAGCACGCGGACCCAUUUUUGUCAGCAAUUUUUUGCCACUAACCUUUAUACUGCUCUUUUUUCUUCUUCUAUUAAAUAAGUGUAGGUAUGGUGUCAGAGAGGUUCGGGCUUCUCGUUGCAAUUUGGAUUUGUUGCUAUUUAUAACUAUUGCGGCAUUGUUGGACUAAUGAAAUUAAAGGUGUCUAUAUUUAUUACCAGA